AAAUGACUAAUUUACAACACUUUACGUUUCACUCGACGAUUUACCUAUUUCUUUUUGAGUAUAAAAGGUAGGGGAGCUUGCCAAGGGAAUCAUACAACCUCAACACUUCCAAUUGUCAAGUACAAGCAAACCCUAAACAAAAGCAAAAUGUUCAAAUUUGUGACUUUCGUUCUUGCCGCUCUCGUUGCCUGCGCAUCGGCGAAACCCGGUAUUGUGGCACCAUUAACCGCAGCUCCUCUGGCCUACGCAAACGCACCACUGUAUGCCGCUGGCGGCAGCAGUCAAAUCGAUGUCCGCAACAACUAUGAUGGCACACUCUCCUCCUACACAACAACACCUUUCCAAUACUCCGGCCCCUUCGCUAGCCGUUACGUCUCGGGUGUGCCAGCUGCCUACGCUGCUCCUGCUCCAGUUCUGGCUAAAUACGCUGCCCCAGCCGUCUUAGCCGCCCGUGCCCCUCUUGCUGCUUUGCCCGCACCUUUGGCUGCUGCUCCAGCUCCUCUUGCUGCUCUGCCCGCACCUUUGGCUGCUGCCACUGCUCCUCUGGCAGCUCUGCCCGCACCUUUGGCUGCUGCCCCAGCUCCUCUGGCUGCUUUGCCCGCACCUCUGGCUGCUGCUCCAGCUCCUCUGGCUGCUCUGCCCGCUCCCUUCGCCGCUGCGCCCGCACAUUUGGCUGCCGCACCAUUCGCCGCUCCCUUCCCCGCUGCUUAUGCCGCUGCCCCAGCUCACUAUGCGUGGUAGAGGAUGUCGAGAAUAUGUAGCAAGUAAUGAAAAAAUGGCAUUUUGCUUGCAAGUUGCUGAAGCUUGAACUGAUUAAUUUUUUAAAAUAAAAAUAAUUUAGAAACAAA